CGGGCGGGUGCGCAGCGCAAGAGGCAGCCUCGGCGCUGCCCGGCUCGGCAGCAGGAGGCCCCAGAUUGGAUCUGCGUCUGACGGGAUGGCGAUGCCCAGAGGAUAGUGCCAGCUAGCAUGCGUCACCUCUAGACACAUCCACCAGACACGUUUCCUCCCCGGUCUGCCUGACCUGUUGCUUAGGGACACGUCCCGCUGCUUCCCCUGAGGUCUGCCUGAUCAACCAUCGCUUCCUUAGAGAAUAAGGAAGGAGGCAGACACAGGAAAUCAUGCCACCGACGGCCCAACGACAAUGAGUGAGUGACGCUGAGUUGACGUCAAAGGCAGAGAAAACCAAGACCGAGAGCAGCUCGCUCUCCAGACUCGCCUUGGCCCCUGCAGCGCCGGCCCCCCGAUCCUCCUCUCGUCACAGCCAGAAGCCUGGCCGCUCCCGGCGACAUCGUCUCGGCUUGACACAUUUUGAGGUCUUCCGACCCUUGGACACUAGACACCAUGGAGAAUCACAUGUUCAGCGUUAAGCAGAUCCAACCCAAUGUCAUUUCUGUCCGCCUCUUCAAGCGCAAAGUGGGGGGCCUGGGGUUCCUGGUGAAGGAGAGGGUGAGCAAGCCACCUGUGAUCAUCUCCGACCUGAUUCGAGGGGGCGCCGCGGAGCAGAGCGGCCUCAUCCAGGCCGGGGACAUCAUUCUUGCCGUCAACGGCCAGCCCUUGGUGGACCUGAGCUAUGACAGCGCCCUGGAGGUGCUCAGAGGUAUUGCCUCCGAGACCCAUGUGGUCCUCAUUCUGAGGGGUCCCGAGGGCUUCACCACGCACCUGGAGACCACUUUCACUGGGGACGGGACCCCCAAGACCAUCCGGGUGACACGGCCCCUGGGUCCGCCAACCACAGCCGUCGAUCUGUCCCACCAGUCGUCAGCCAGCAAAGAGCAGACCCUGGCAGUGGACGGGGCCACGGGUCCUGGCAAUGGGCCGCAGCACGUGCCAGACCAGGGGCAGGAAGCUGGCUUGCUCUCCCACACCAAUGGCCUGGCUCCCAGGCCCCCAAGCCAGGACCCUGCCAAGAAAAGUUCUGGGGAGAGCAAUAAACUGCUCAAAGAGAUAGAACCUGUGCUGAAUCUUCUCACCAGUGGGGGCAAAGGGAUCAAUGGAGGGGGACCUGCCAAAGCGGAGACAAAGGACGCAGAAAUCCAGGUGGACAGGGAUCUGGAUGGCAAGUCACACAGACCGCUACCCCUCGGUGUGGAGAACGACCGAGUCUUCAAUGACCUAUGGGGGAAGGGCAACAUGCCAGUCGUCCUCAAUAACCCGUAUUCAGAGAAGGAGCAGCCCCCUGCCUCAGGAAAACAGUCUCCCAUAAAGAAUGGCAGCCCCUCCAAGUGCCCUCGUUUCCUCAAGGUCAAGAACUGGGAGACCGAUGUGGUUCUCUCUGACACCCUCCACCUUAAGAGCACGUUGGGAACGGGAUGCACCGAGCACAUCUGUAUGGGGUCCAUCAUGCUUCCUUCUCAGCAAAUACGAAGGCCUGAAGACGUCUGCACAAAAGACCAGCUCUUCCCUCUUGCCAAAGAGUUUAUUGAUCAGUACUACUCAUCAAUUAAAAGAUUCGGCUCCAAAGCUCAUAUGGAGAGGCUGGAAGAGGUGAGCAAAGAGAUCGAAACCACCAGCACCUACCAGCUCAAGGACACAGAGCUCAUCUACGGGGCCAAGCAUGCCUGGAGGAAUGCCUCCCGCUGCGUCGGCCGGAUCCAGUGGUCCAAGCUGCAGGUGUUCGAUGCCCGCGACUGUACCACGGCUCACGGGAUGUUCAACUACAUCUGUAACCAUAUCAAGUAUGCCACCAACAAAGGGAACCUCAGAUCUGCCAUCACCAUAUUUCCCCAGAGGACCGACGGCAAGCAUGACUUUCGAGUCUGGAACUCCCAGCUCAUCCGCUAUGCUGGCUACAAGCAGCCUGACGGCUCCAUCCUGGGGGAUCCAGCCAACGUGGAGCUCACAGAGAUCUGCAUCCAGCAGGGCUGGAAACCCCCAAGAAGCCGCUUCGAUGUCCUGCCACUCCUGCUCCAGGCCAACGGCAAUGACCCUGAGCUCUUCCAGAUUCCUCCAGAGCUGGUGCUGGAAGUGCCCAUCAGGCACCCCAAGUUGGAGUGGUUCAAGGACCUUGGGCUGAAGUGGUACGGCCUCCCCGCUGUGUCAAACAUGCUCCUGGAGAUCGGCGGCCUGGAGUUCAGCGCCUGUCCCUUCAGUGGCUGGUACAUGGGCACAGAGAUUGGCGUCCGCGACUACUGUGACAGCUCCCGAUACAACAUCCUGGAGGAAGUGGCCAAGAAGAUGAACUUGGACAUGAGGAAGACAUCCUCCCUGUGGAAGGACCAGGCGCUGGUGGAGAUCAACAUCGCAGUGCUGUACAGCUUCCAGAGUGACAAAGUGACCAUCGUUGACCACCACUCUGCCACCGAGUCCUUCAUUAAGCACAUGGAGAAUGAAUACCACUGCCGGGGAGGCUGCCCCGCUGACUGGGUGUGGAUCGUGCCCCCCAUGUCUGGCAGCAUCACCCCCGUCUUCCACCAAGAGAUGCUCAACUACCGACUCACCCCCUCCUUCGAAUACCAGCCUGACCCUUGGAAUACCCACAUCUGGAAAGGUACCAACGGGACCCCCACAAAGCGGCGAGCCAUUGGCUUCAAGAAGCUGGCAGAAGCCGUCAAGUUCUCAGCCAAGCUGAUGGGACAAGCCAUGGCCAAGAGGGUCAAGGCUACCAUCCUGUACGCCACAGAGACGGGCAAAUCGCAGGCUUAUGCCAAAACCCUGUGUGAGAUCUUCAAACAUGCCUUUGACGCCAAGGUGAUGUCCAUGGAAGAAUAUGACAUUGUACACCUGGAGCAUGAAACUCUGGCCCUGGUGGUUACCAGCACCUUUGGAAAUGGAGACCCCCCUGAGAAUGGGGAGAAAUUUGGCUGCGCCUUGAUGGAAAUGAGGCACCCCAACUCUGUGCACGAGGAAAGGAAGUACCCGGAACCCUUGCGUUUAUUUCCCCGUAAAGGGCCUCCCCUCCCCCGAGGUGACACAGAAGUCCACGGUCUGGCUGCAGCCCGUGACAGCCAGCGCAGGAGCUACAAGGUUCGUUUCAACAGUGUUUCCUCCUACUCCGACUCCCGCAAAUCAUCGGGCGAUGGGCCGGACCUCAGAGACAACUUUGAGAGCGCGGGACCCCUGGCGAAUGUGAGGUUCUCCGUGUUUGGCCUUGGCUCGCGGGCGUACCCUCACUUCUGCGCCUUUGGACACGCCGUGGACACCCUCCUGGAAGAGCUGGGUGGGGAGAGGAUCCUGAAGAUGAGGGAGGGGGAUGAGCUCUGUGGGCAGGAAGAGGCUUUCAGGACCUGGGCCAAGAAGGUCUUCAAGGCAGCCUGUGACGUGUUCUGCGUGGGAGAUGACGUCAACAUUGAGAAAGCAAACAACUCCCUCAUCAGCAAUGACCGCAGUUGGAAGAGGAACAAGUUCCGCCUCACCUACGUCGCCGAAGCUCCAGAACUCACACAAGGUCUAUCCAGUGUCCACAAAAAGCGGGUCUCAGCCGCUCGACUCCUCAGCCGUCAAAACCUUCAGAGUCCUAAAUCCAGCCGAUCAACCAUCUUCGUGCGUCUCCACACCAACGGGAAUCAGGAGCUGCAGUACCAGCCUGGGGACCACCUGGGCGUCUUCCCCGGCAACCACGAGGACCUCGUGAAUGCCCUGAUCGAGCGGCUGGAGGACUCACCCCCGGUCAACCAGCUGGUGAAGGUGGAGCUGCUAGAGGAGCGAAACACGGCUUUGGGGGUUAUCAGUAACUGGACCGAUGAGCAUCGCCUCCCACCCUGCACCAUCUUCCAGGCCUUCAAGUACUACCUGGAUAUCACCACGCCUCCAACGCCGCUGCAGCUGCAGCAGUUUGCCUCUCUGGCCACCAGUGAGAAAGAGAAGCAGCGUCUGCUGGUCCUCAGCAAGGGUUUGCAGGAGUACGAGGAAUGGAAAUGGGGCAGGAACCCGAACAUCGUGGAGGUGCUGGAGGAGUUCCCAUCCAUCCAGAUGCCCGCCACCCUGCUCCUGACCCAGCUGUCGCUGCUGCAACCUCGCUACUAUUCCAUCAGCUCCUCCCCGGACAUGUACCCCGACGAGGUGCACCUCACCGUGGCCGUUGUCUCCUACCGCACCCAAGAUGGAGAAGGACCAAUUCACCACGGCGUGUGCUCCUCCUGGCUCAAUCGGAUCCAGGCUGACGAAGUGGUGCCCUGUUUCGUGAGAGGAGCGCCCAGCUUCCACCUGCCCCGAAAUCCCCAAGUGCCCUGUAUCCUGGUCGGCCCGGGCACAGGCAUUGCCCCUUUCCGAAGCUUCUGGCAGCAACGGCAAUUCGAUAUCCAGCACAAAGGAAUGAGUCCCUGCCCCAUGGUCCUGGUCUUCGGGUGCCGGCAGUCCAAAAUAGACCACAUCUACAGGGAGGAGACCCUACAGGCCAAGAGCAAGGGGGUCUUCAGAGAACUGUACACAGCCUACUCCCGGGAGCCAGACAAACCAAAGAAGUACGUGCAGGACAUCCUACAGGAGCAGCUGGCAGAACCCGUGUACCGAGCCCUGAAGGAGCAAGGGGGCCACAUUUACGUCUGCGGGGACGUCACCAUGGCGGCCGAUGUCCUCAAAGCCAUGCAGCGCAUCAUGGCCCAGCAGGGGAAGCUCUCGGUGGAGGACGCCGGCGUGUUUAUCAGCAGGCUGAGGGAUGACAACCGGUACCAUGAGGAUAUUUUCGGGGUCACCCUGCGCACAUAUGAAGUGACCAACCGCCUUAGAUCUGAAUCCAUUGCCUUCAUUGAGGAGAGCAAAAAGGGCACUGAUGGGGUUUUCAGCUCCUAACUGGACCCUCUUGCCCAGGUGGAUGGCAGGGUGACCACACCACUGCACUCGGCCAGGAUGGCUGCAGGUUUUGUAAGCACGGACACUGCUGAACCUUUCCUUGGGGCCCGCACAUGGCCCCCGCUCUGCCUCUUGUCCUGUCUCACCUCUCAGUGGUUUCCUGGCCCUCUUGGGUUUUCUCCUUGAGUUUUCCUGCUGCAGUGCAAUGCCUUCAUAAUCCGCAGUGGCUCUUACAAAACUGUUUCCCUCUCUCUCUCUCUUUCUGACAAGGGCAAAUCACCGGUGCAUGAAACCACUGGAACAUGGCUGUGGUUCGUGUUAGGGCGUUUUCUGGGGUUUGCCCUGGAGAGGACAAGAC